UCUGGAGGGCCAAAAGCAAACAGUCUUCAAAGCCAAGGGCUUGGCUGGCAGUCAGGAGAUCAGAUCCUUCACCUCUGCCCCUCUCCCUGCAGUCACAUAUAUAAGACCCUGGUCAUACCUGAGAGAUGAGAAGAGAGAGCCAGCAGCAAGAUGGAUGUGGGCAGCAAAGAGGUCUUGAUGGAGAGUCCGCCAGACUACUCAGCAGGCUCUCGGGGGCAGUUCCGUAUCCCCUGCUGCCCUGUGCACCUCAAACGCCUUCUCAUCGUGGUGGUGGUGGUGGUCCUUGUCGUUGUGGUGAUUGUGGGGGCCCUGCUCAUGGGUCUUCACAUGAGCCAGAAACAUACCGAGAUGGUUCUUGAGAUGAGCAUUGGGGCACCGGAAGCCCAGAAACACCUGGCCUUGGGUGAGCCCAUGGAUACCACUGCCACCUUCUCCAUCGGCUCCACUGGCAUCGUUGUAUAUGAUUACCAGCGGCUCCUGACUGCCUAUAAGCCAGCUCCAGGAACCUGCUGCUACAUCAUGAAGAUGGCUCCAGACAGCAUCCCCAGUCUUGAAGCUCUCAUUCGAAAAUUCCAGACCUUGCAGACUCCCAUGUAUGUCUCUUUCCAGGCCAAGCCUGCAUCCACCUCUAAGCUGGGCCCAGAGGAGGGGCUGGAUGCAGGCUCUGCGUCUCCAGGAGACAGGGCCUUCCUAGGUCUUGCCAUGAGCACCCUGUGUGGAGAGCUCCCUCUCUUCUACAUCUAG